AUGUGCGUGUCGUGGAAUGUCGUCGCAGUGGCGAGCGACGAUCCUCUGGCGAAGGAGCUUCAGGACGUGGCUGACGUGAGCAAGAAGCUGCCGGGAGUGCUGGAGGAGAUUCGCGAGUGGCUGCGACUGUGCGAGUGUAAAGAAGCAGGUGGGAUGGGAACGCGCUCUACCACGUUGCCGUCUCUGAUGGCCACUCUGCCCUCCCCUGCCGCCCCUUAUUUUCUACCCCUGUUCUCUGCUAUUUUCUGCCGCCUUUUAUUCGCUAUCCCUGCGGGUUCAUUUUUUUCUGCCCCUGCCGUCCCUUGUUUUCCGCCCUACCAUCCCUUAUCUUUUCCUACUGCUGCUCCUUAUGUUCUGCCCCUGCCGUCCCGCGACGAGGGCCGCGUGUUCGGGUUCAACGACCGCGCCUUGGGGCGCAAGCACGUGGACGCGUGUAUCGCGGACAGCCAUGCCGCGUGGCAGCGCCUCCAGUCGACUCUGCAGAAGCCCGAGCCGUGGCUGCCGCGCGCGCAGCCGCCCAAGAUCACAACCAUCGAAGCCUUCUGGGCGCCAUACACGGGGAAAUAUAGCGAGGGCGCUUGUAACGCGGACGACGGGACACCCGCGGCGAUCCCGCAGUCGAACCCGAACGCGGGCGCGGUCGGCGCGGCGAGCCUGUCGCCGCUUUCCGCGGCGGCGGACUCCCCCUGGGAGACCAUGCCGGUGGCCGCUGCGCGGUCGAUGCUGGCGCAGCUGCGGUCGCGGAAGCACCUUGCGCGCCCCGCGUUCUUCGCGAUGCGCGAGCGCCUGGAGAUGGGGGACGCGGGGAAGUUGACGGCGGGCAAGGGCGCGGGGAAAGCGAGCAAGAGCAGCGGAAGGAGCAAGGGGAAGAGCGCCAUGGGGGGAAGCGGCAGGCGGGAUGCGAGCGGGGAGAGCGGAGGAGGAUCGUUCGGGCUAUUCAAGAAGGGGCAUGGGCAUGGGCUCGUGCACAGCCCAAGCGGGAAAGGGGGAGGAGGUGUGGCGGCGCCCAUUCCGCCCAAACCAGCAACCCCCCCGCCCGUGAAGGCGGAGGUUAGCGCGCCCGCCGCAGCAGCGGUCGCGCCGGGGGCUGGCGCUUCUCCCGCUGCUCCCGCUGCUGUGGCGGCUUCCCCCGUGGCUGCCGCUGCUGCUGCGCCAGCAGUGGUGGGAGUAGCGGCCGCUGGCGCAGUGGCAGCAGCGGCAGCGGUAGCGGUAGCGGGAGCGGAUGGAGCAGCAGCGGGAGUGGCCGCGGAGGGAGUGGGCGGAACUACUGGGAGUGCGGCAGCAGCGGACGCGGCGGCAGCUGAACCGACAAAAGAGCCUUCUUCGGCAGUCGCAGCAGCGGCGGCGGCGGCGGAAGGGACGGCAGGGGCAGCAGGGGCAGCAGCAGCAGCGGAAACGCAAGGCGGCGGCGGAACGUCCCCCGCGGGAGCAGGCGCGGCAGCAGGGCUUGCGCCAGUGGGGAAGGUGACUGGCGGAACCGAGGAGGAGAGGCGCAGGAGCAGCGACGGCGGAGUGACGGGAGGCGGGGCGGAGGGGGUUGGCGCGGAAGCAGAGGGCCGCGCAUCCGCGGAGAAGGUAGAAGGCGGAAGCGGGGAUGACGGGGAGCGGACGCCGCAGAAGGGGGAAGGUGACGGCGAAAAGGCGGGCGGAGGGGAGGCGGAGAGGGGGAGGGGGAACAUGGAGGCGCGGCGAAAGUCGGACGAUGGGGAGAAGGGGCGGGAGGGGACAAUUGGCGAGAGGGAGGGAAGGCAGGAGAGAAGUGGGGAGGAUGAGGGGAAUGGGGACGAUGGUGAGCGGAAGGAGAGGGGAGUCGGGGGGAGAGGAGGCAGGGAGGGGAGAGAGGGGAGGGAAGGGAGGGAAGGGAGGGAGGGGAGGGCCUCGAGUCGAGAUGAGGAGGAGGGCGGGCGGCGAGAGCGUGGCACGAGCAAGGAUGGGCGGAUGGGGGAUGGGUAUGGGGACGGCGAUGCGGAGGGUGAGGGCAGGAGAAGAGCGCAGGACAGGCGGGAUUGGCGAGAGGGGCGCGACGGGCGCGACGGGCGCGACGGGCGGGACGGGCGGGACGUGGGGGAGAAAUGGAGCGGGCGGGAAGAGGGGGAGAGGCGGACGGAGAGGGGGCGGGAGCGGGAAGGGGAGAGGGAGAGGGAGAGGGAUAGAGAAGGGGAGAGGGAGAGGGGGGGUGACAGGGAGCGAGCGAGAGAAGGUGGGUACAGGGCAGAGCGGGGGAGGCAGGAACGUGAGGGGAGGCAACGGGACGAAGGGGAUAUCCCAGAGGAGGAAGAUGGGGAGGCGGACGGGGAGGGGGAGGGGGAAGGCGAGGGGAAGGAGAAGGGGGAGAAGCAGUCAGAGGAGCGCCGGGGGGAACCUGGGGAACGAAGGGAACGGGGGGAACGGAGCGAACGAGAACGCGGGGAGCGAGGGGAGCGGGGAGAGAGGGCGGGGAGGAGCUACGGGCGCGCGGGGGAGGAGGGGGAGAGGCUGGGGCUGGUGCGGCGCGACUCAGAUGACCGUGACAGUGGUGGGCGGCGGGCAGGGGGUGGCGGGGCGCGGGGGAGGGCGGCGGAAGGGGAGGAGGCGGAGGGAGAGUACAGCCGGCAGUCCACACAGGAGAAGGGCGGCCCGGGGCGACCAGCCACGCUCUCUCCCGGACCCCCUUUUCCUUUCCUCGUCUCUCCUUGCCUCUUGCCCGUGUUUCCACACAUGCACAGUGAUUCCUCCAUGCCAUCAUGCAUCCCUCCCCCCUCCUCCCCCAACACACCCCUCUGUCGCCCUCCCACCACCUCCCCUCCCCUCUGGACCCUCCUCCCCUUUUCCCUCUUCGUUCCCCCUGCACAGGAGGGUCAGAGGCGCCUUGCAAGGCCGGGGGCCACAUGGGCGAAGCUCAAGUGGCAAGAGAAGGACGGCGGCGGCGCAGACAGCAACGACACCAGCACCAGCAGCCGCUCCCCCGCCUCCUCCUCCUCCACCUCGCGCUACUCCCACCACCACCACCACCAGAAUGGCCGCGACGGGGGUCGCGAGGGGGGGCGGGACGGGCGGGACGGGCGGGACGGGCAGCGCAGCACCACGAGCACGAGCAGCAGCCUGAUGGCGCAGCGGGAGGAGCUUCGUGCAGAGCUCUUCCAGAAGUCUCUUUCUGGGAACCGUGCGCCUCUCCCCACGCUUGUCCGUCGCGCCAGCCUGGAAUCAGCUGAGCCGGGGUCCCGGGGUCCGAGGAUCCGCGGGCGGCCGGGCGGGGCGCGCAUGCUGCACAGAACGCUCACGGAGGAGCAGCAGGAGGAGUCGCGCGGGUCGUACGAGGAACGGAGUGCGGAUGUGCGGGAUAGUGCGCUGUAUAGGACUCUAUCCGGGCAGAGCGGUCAGCCGGAGGUGCAUGGCAUGACGGGGUAUAGACGGGGGAUCGGCGGUGGGGGUCUGGGUGUGGGUCGCGAAGGGAGCAGAUGGGCGCCGGGAGGAGGAGGAGGGGGGGGGGGAGGGCUUGGGGGGACGCUGGGGCGGAGGGAGUCGGGAGAAUGGUCGGAUGAAGGGGGGCUGUCCGGUGGAGAGGGGUCGGGACCGGUGCUGCAGCGCACCAACACGAAUGAUAGUCUCAAGUCGGCGGGUGUGCGGAGCGAGGCGGGGAUCAGCAUUGGGCGCGCUCCGGCUUACAUGACAAUGCGCGACGGCGGGGGGUAUAUGAGAGACGGCGGGCUCGUGAGGGAUAACAGCGGCGGAGGAGGCGGGGGGAACCGGCUGCUGCGCAAGCAUUUGAGCGGGCAGGGGAUUAACGCGUUUCACGGGGAGGAAGAGUUGGAGGAGGAGCGGGGAGGGUGGGGCCGGGGCAGACGGUACGAGCAUGAGCGGGAGCGGGGAGGCGGGGAGGGCGGGCAGGGGGAUAUUGGGCGGGACCGCAGGGUGAGUCCGGCUCGCAUGGGGGAGUAUGAUGGGAGGGGCGGGAGAGGUGGAGGCGGGGGGAGGCGCGGGAGGGGGGAGACAAAGGAGGGUGGGAUGAGUUCAGGGAGUGUAGGAGGGGGGGGCGAGAGGGGAGGAGAGAGGGGAGGGCGGGCGGUGUCUCGCAGUCCGCGAGGGAAGAGAGGGGAGGAGGAUGGAGGGGGGUGGAAGGAGAGAAGGGAGGAGGAGGAGGAGGAUGAGGGGAGCCCGAAUUUCAGUCCGGUGAGGGGCAUGGGCAAGGCAGGGGUUGCUGCUGCUGCCAGGAGGGAAAAAUGCCAGGAGUGA